UCGCACUUAUCAUACGUAUAGUAGUUGAAAAAUCGUGUCAAACAGCAUGAGGGCCAGAUCGGUAUACCGAUCUGACUUCUUGCUUUUUGACAGUAUUUUUUCAGCUAAUCUGAUUCAGUCACAAUCGUCAGUAUCGUACUGAUAUUUCACCUGAAGGUUCCCUGCGUUUCCAACCCCGUUUAUCUUUCUCUCUCUCAGCUGAGGGCAGAGCUGGGUCUUUAUUUCUUUCUUUUUUUUACAUGAAUCGGUGUUUGAGGGGCUGCUUUCUAGAGUGUAUUCGAAUGCAACGCAGCGAGCCCUUUUAUUUCUGCUUACCGGUUCGUAUAGUGCCAGCUGCCACCUCCGUUUAAAUCCUUAAGAACUUGCGCGACCGGCGCAAACUUGUAGAAUCCCCUCGUGCGCAGCUGACGCUGAUGCACUGUGAGUGCUCUGGUGUAAGUGGAGGCUGAUCCACACGAUUAUGCCCUUCGCCGGUUCGCCUCCCCAGUCUACGCCUUCCCUGUUCCUGUCCGACUGCAAAGUUUCCCUGCCCCGUAACGGAACAGAAAACCCAAGAUCCUCGAAAACACAAGAGUGCCUGACGGGGGUCGUGUGUCUCAUUCUGGCUCAGAAUUCCGGAUCCGUCCUCAGGGCACCACUCGAAGACACUAGGCCACACCUUCUACAAGCCCGAACCCGCCAGGGACUCGAGAAGUCGGUGAAAGAUGGCAUUUCAGUGGUCUCAAGUCGCGGCCCCGCUGUUGCUAUUGUUCGGAACGCUGCUGUCAGGGCUGCUUCCCAUCUGGCUCGUCAAGAGGCUUAGCAUGGCGAGGUGGGGCGACAAGGCGUUCGCGUUUCUCGUCUGCAUCGGAGGCGGCGUGCUGUUCGCCACAAGCUUCUUGCACCUUUUGCCCGAAGUGCGCGAAGGAUUCGAGAACUUGACGACCGACUUUCCCGUCACCGAAGGAGUCGUCUGUGUGGGCUUCCUCGCCGUCUACGCGCUGGAAGAGAUCGUCCACGCCUGCCUAGGUCACAGCCAUCACCCGUCCGACCACGGUCAUUCGCACAGAGCCGCUGUAAUGAACUGCAGCCACGAUGCGGAGCAACCACCACCGCCGCCUCCUCCGACGCAAGAGAACGGCGUGGAGGACAAACAGGCCUUUCCUGCGGACGCGGUGGCCGACGGCGAACUGGGCACACCGCGCAUCUCUCUCGGCAGCGUUCUGAUCGUGGUGGCCCUCUCGUUUCACUCGAUCUUCGAGGGCCUCUCGCUGGGCCUGCAGUCUACGGACCAGGCCACCUGGAUCAUGUUCCUCGCCAUCUCCAUCCACAAGUUUGUCAUCGCGUUCGUCGUGGGCUUCGACAUGACCGCGAGUCGCAUGAAGGCGCGAACCAUCCUCAUCUACAUUGCGAUCUUCUCGGUCAUGUCGCCGCUCGGCGCGCUCAUUGGAGCCGUGACCAAGAACAAACUCGAGGACUCUCCCGUGGUUGCCGGUCUCAAUGGUGUAGCAACGGGCACCCUCUUGUAUGUGACGUUCUUCGAGGUCCUGCAGAGGGACAAGAAUAGCCAGUUGAGUGGCAUGCUGCAGCUGCUGGCCGUGCUGCUCGGUUUUUGUAUCAUGUUGACGCUAGUCCUGGUUUUACCUCACGAUUGAGUGAAAGACGAUUUGCUCCUUUUUUAUGUGUGUGCGUGUGUGUGUGUGUUAACGUUGUUUUAGAGACAUGCAUGAAAUUAUUCUGCAGGCAAGGACCAGUUGUCGAAAUAGAUCUGUGUGAAAUGAAAUAACUGCUAUCGAACAACUGGUAUAAUGUGAUACAACGUGCCCAUCGUGGUGCAGCUGAACUUAAAAGGGACCAAUGCACUCGCGCUUAAUGAAUGUUAUGUGGACUAUUUUGUACGGGUGAUUUUGUGUCGCGUUUGUACGCUUUACAUUCCGCGUGUCAUUAACAGUGGUGCAUCCUUGGAUGCUUUAAUCACGUCCGAAAAAAAAAUGUCAGUUUUAAGCACUGUGGAUUAUAAAACGGAGUGUAAAGACUCCACAAAGUGCUGUUGCUGUACGUUGUGUGCGCUACGUUUCCCAUCAAAAUUGACUUCAAUUUCGCAUUUUAAAGCCGCUCCAUUGUGUGUUUCUCCCGUGAUCGCCAUUAUUGUCCGUUUCUGUAUUUUGUAUAAUAAAAACUACGUCUGUCAUCA